AUGCCUUCCAUUACGAGUGAUGGUCGACACACAGUCCCUAUCUGGGAUCAGUUCGAUGGCAGUUCAUCAGAGUCCGAGAUCGUUGACCCCAUGGAUUACCCAGCAGUCAGUAUCCCGGGAUAUUCUGAGAAACCCCUGAAUGAGCAGCUCGAACCAAUUGCAGUGGUUGGAAUGGGAUGCCGCCUGCCGGGAGAUAUUAGCUCCCCUUCCCAAUUCUGGGACUUGAUGAUCAACAAAAGAACCGGCCAAACCCCCAAAGUGCCUGCCAGUCGAUUCAAUAUAGACGCUCACUUUCACGAGAACAACGAACGACCGGGAAGUUUUAACGUUUUAGGUGGUUACUUCCUGAACAGCAGCCUGCAGGAAAUGGAUCCAGUUCUAUUCGGAAUUUCACCUAUUGAGGCCAUGUGGAUGGAUCCACAGCAAAGGAAGCUUCUUGAGGUUGUUUAUGAAACUUUCGAAUCUGGCGGUUUGACUCUGGACACACUACGAGGUUCGAAGACUGCUGUCUUUAUUGGAAGCUUUACUAGCGACUACCAACAAAUGUCAUUCAAAGAGCCAGACUUCCGACACUCUUAUGCCGCUACUGGCGUAGACCCCGGGCUCAUCAGCAACCGCAUUAGCCACGUGUUUGACCUCAAUGGCCCUUCAAUUGUAGUGAAUACCGCCUGUUCCAGCUCGGUGUAUGCAAUGCACAAUGCCUGCAACGCAUUGCGCAAUAACGAGGCCGAGGCAGCUAUUGUGGGCGGUGUCAACCUUGUCUUGACCGUGGACCAGCACAUGAAUACAGCCAAGCUUGGAGUUCUUUCUCCAACAUCGACAUGUCAUACAUUUGAUGAGACGGCGGAUGGAUAUGGACGGGCUGACGGCGUCGGAGCUGUUUACCUAAAGCGUCUUGGCGAUGCCGUUCGGGAUGGAGAUCCAAUCCGGGGUGUUCUUCGUUCUAGUGCUGUUAAUUCAAAUGGAAAAGUACCUGGCGUUGGAAUCACACAUCCGAACCUGGCUGGCCAGGAGGCUGUUAUCCGUGCGGCGUAUAGCAGGGGAGGAAAUCUGGACCCAAAGCUCACAGGAUACUUUGAGUGUCAUGGAACAGGUACUCCCAUUGGUGACCCACUUGAGGUUCACGCAGUAGCAAAGGCAAUGAAUACGAAUCGAUCAGCGGAUGAGCCUCCUCUGCCUAUUGGUGCUGUGAAGACAAAUAUUGGCCAUUCGGAAGCGGCUUCUGGUCUAUCGGCUGUUAUCAAAGCCAUUUUGACUGUUGAAAAGGGAAUCAUUCCUCCGACUCGUGGAGUUGUGAAAAAGAAUCCCAAGAUUGACUGGAGGAACUGGAAGGUCGAUGUGGUUACAGAGCCAACCCCGUUCCCGGCCCAUCUACCCGUUCGACGAGUCAGUGUCAAUUCUUUUGGUUAUGGAGGUACAAACGGGCAUGUCAUUGUGGAAUCUGCCGAUUCUUUUUUGCCUCGUGGCCCAACAUAUGUGAGCGGCUCAAGCACAAUGAAACCACCACGUGGUGCAUUCAGUCGAAACCGGCCUUUCCUCCUCCCCUUCUCUGCCCACGAUAGGCCUACACUCGACGCCAACAUAAAGGCUCUCAGCAGGGUCGCUUCACAUUAUAAUCUUUUGGAUUUAUCUUACACUCUCUCCAACCGCAGAUCGCGCCUGGCCAGUCGAGGCUACGUGGUUGCUAGCUACGCAACCCUUGAUUCUGUCCUAGAUAACGCGGCCAAGGACUUUUCAUUUGCUGAGAAGAAGAAAACCCCAACUUUAGGAUUCGUUUUUACAGGACAAGGGGCUCAAUGGGCGCGUAUGGGUAGCGAACUUAUGUCGUACUAUCCCAGCUUUAUACGCUCUAUUCGUGUGCUCGACAGAGCUUUGGAAGAUCUCCCGGAUGGCCCUGAAUGGACAUUAGAGGACACACUUCUGCAAGAUGCUAGCAAUUCUCGGGUAAAUGAAGCCGAGUUUUCGCAGCCUCUUUGUACUGCCAUUCAAGUUUCUCUUGUCCAAUUACUUUCCCUGUGGGGAAUUAAACCCGUUGUCACUGUUGGCCACUCUUCAGGGGAAAUUGCAGCUGCGUAUGCUGCGGGCUUGAUUUCAGCAAAUGAAGCCAUUAUCGCAGCUUACUAUCGCGGAAAGGUUGUUCGGGACGUCAAUACUGAUGGUGCAAUGUUGGCUGUCGGUCUCGGAGCAGAGGGCGUCUCUCCAUACAUUUCGGACCUGGGGCAACAAGUGGUAAUUGCCUGUCACAACUCGCCUCUGAGUGUCACACUCAGUGGAGAUUCUCCAGCUUUAGAGCUUGUGAAGACACGACUCGACGCCGAAAGUAUUUUUGCCCGGAUUGUUAAGACAGGGGGUAAAGCAUACCAUUCCCGCCACAUGGAGCCAGUCGCAGCUGUUUACGAAGAAUUACUACGCAACGGACGUCGUUACGUUGCUCAGGAUGAAGCAAUUUCGACCUCGGCCAAGAUGGUCUCAUCUGUCACCAAUAGUAUAAUUUCUUCCGAUACAAUUAUCGAUGAGACGUAUUGGAGUGCCAACUUGCGUAGCCCGGUGUUGUUCAACCAGGCUGUACAAACAAUGGUGACUAGUCCAGAUUUUGAGAAGGUCGACAUGCUGGUGGAAAUAGGUCCCCACUCUGCACUUUCGGGUCCAGUUAAGCAAAUCAAAGCUGAAUGCAAAUUAGAAAAAUUGAAUUACUUGCCUACCUUGCUUCGUGGUGAAGACUGUGCUUCACAGCUCUUGAAGCUCGCCGGUGAGCUGUUCCUUAGGGAUUACUCCUUCGACAUUGCCCGAGCCACUUCAAUAGAAGAGUCUCUUCCCAGUGGCAAAAUUCAGGUUACCAAAGGGUCUCUAAUCGUCGACCUUCCAACUUACCAAUGGCAAUACAACAAGGAGCUUUGGGCGGAGCCUCGCCAUAGCAAAGAGCAUCGUAAUCCGACUCACAUGCGACACGAUAUUCUUGGCGCUCGCCUUCCAGGGGCCGGUGAAAUGAUUUGGCGGAAUGUCCUGCGCAUGAAAGAUGUGCCUUGGCUGAAGAGUCAUUCCCUUGGAGGAGAAGCUGUUUUCCCGGCGGCAGGAUACUUUUCCAUGGCCAUGGAAGCAAUCACACAAGUCAAUGAAAUCAGUAGCUCCCCGGUACAUAUCACGAGUUACGUAUUACGUGAUGUAUCUAUCAAGGCUGCGCUGAUUACCCCGGACCAUGACGACGGCAUUGAAGUCAUUUUCACUAUGCGCCCAGAUUUUCAAUCAGAAAAGGAUAAUAGAACUGGUUGGUGGCACUUCAGUGCAUCGUCUUUCCCCGCCGGAGGACAGCGUAAAGACCAUAUUACAGGACGCAUUGGGAUAAAUGCUCGGGACCGCAGCCAGAAACCACGCCCAGUUCCACAUCUCCCUCAUCGUGCGAGUGGCAAGUCAUGGAACCAAGCCCUGCGUAAAGUUGGGUUUGACUAUGGUCCGACAUUUCAAGACAUGGAGAAUAUCAGGACCAACGGUACCACGUACGUUGCUGCAUGUGACACUGAAAUUCGGCAAAAGAGCGGUAUCAUGCAGGGAGAAUCUCGACACGUUAUCCAUCCCGGUAUUGUGGAUUCAUGCUUACAAUUGAUCAUCGUUUCUAUAUUCGCUGGGCGUGUUGCAGAUAUGAAAUGUGGUGCCAUCCCUAUCGGUGUGGAUGAAGUUGCCAUCUUUCCACCAACGGAAAAACAAAUACAGGAGAAAUCCGCUAAAGCACUAUCUUGGACUGACCAAAGAGGCUUGCGAUCGCUUGUCAGUAGCUCCCAGCUGACAGCCAGUGACGGGGAAUUGUUGAUGGAGAUUUCUGACAUGCGAACAACUUACUAUGAGGCGGCUGUUCCGCAAGGUGUGGAGCUGACCAUUGAGUCGCAACCCUACCAAAAAAUGGAAUGGAAACUCGACAUCGACAAUAUCAAAAAUACCCCCGAAACCAGUUCCAUUGACAUUAUUUCUGCCAUUGGUCUAUCAUUCCACAAAAACCCUUCCCUUAAAGUGAUUGAUAUCGGUGCAACUCAAAUGGCAGCCGUACUAUCUAAAAUGGGGUCAAUCAACUACACAGGCACUGGAGUCAACCACGAAGAAGUUUCUGAUAUCUCUAAAAUUGCGGAUGCCUAUAAGAACGCCCAGUCAAUUGCCCUUGACAUUAGCGUGCCAUUAGAAGGACAGGGUAUCACUAUAGAGUCAUACGACUUGGUAGUAGCACCCAGAAGUCUAAUGGAUUCAUCUGUGACCACAAAGGCCGUUCGCAAACUCCUUGCACCACAUGGCCGUGUUUUCUGGAGCCUCGAAGGCAGGCUAACUCCAAAAAACUUACAUGGAGCCCAACUGACUGCCUUUGAUGUUAUCCUUGGCCCGAAUACCCAGCCAUCGUUAGCUAUAUCUACAGCACUCAAUGAGACUACAAACGGCUAUCACACUAACGAGACUACGAGAUUAGCGCAUCUUAUCUACCGUAAAAAACAAGGCGAUGUGUUUGUCAGAGUGAAGAAUGCGCUGGAAGCAAAUGGGUGGGAUACCGUCGCGUCGCCAGUGGAAAAGCCUGUUAAUAUGAAAGGAGCCAAUGUGGUAUUUCUUGCCGACCUUGAAGGACCAUUUCUGGAUAUCAUGACCGAAAAAGAGUUUCUGUCUCUUCGGAACAUUACCGACAAUGCUUCUUUCCUUUUAUGGGUAACUCCUGGUGGGUUGCUCAAGGGACUUCAUCCGGAAUAUGCUAUGACCGCUGGGCUGGCUCGGUCAAUAAGCUCGGAACAAGCGUCCAUCAAAAUCACCACGCUAGAUUUUGACACCACUACCACUCCUUUGUCGAAGAUCGGAGAUUUAGUGGCUCAAGUCACUGAGAUUCAAUACGGAAACAAUUCAACAACCAGAGAAUCCGAAUAUUGCGUAUCGAAUGGCCUCCUUUAUAUCAGCCGCAUGGUUCCUAACGAUGAGUUGAAUGCCCUAUACGCGCCGAGAGCAAAAGAGCCUGAACCAACUUCUUAUGACCCCACGUUACAUCUGAUUGGUAAGGUCGACUCAGGAAAGAUCAUAUUUGAGGCCGAUGAACGGGAGAAACUGGGUCUAAGAGAAGAUGAGGUUGAAAUCCAGGUCUUAGCUACAGGUAUUACCAAGGAGGGUACGCUAGUUGUUGGUGGUACGGACUACCCAACGACUUUCAGCCAUGAGAUUGGAGGCGUGAUCACCAAGCUCGGCUCCAACGUCAAAGGGUUGGCACUAGGCGACCGUGUUGUUGGGUUUAGCUUCGACAAGUUUGCUACUUUCCAGCGGGUCUCGUCCCACUUCGUGCAGAAGCUAGGCCCUGAUGAUAGUAUGAACGACGCCGUCAGUUUGUUGAUGAGUUAUGGUUCAGCUCUAUACGGUCUCAACACGCUCGGUAACCUCCAGGCUGGUGAGACAGUUCUUAUCCUUGACGGAACAGGUCUUUUCGGUGCUGCAGCUAUCAAAAUAACACAAAUUAUGAAAGGGGUACCAUUCGUCGCUGUUCAGAAUGAAAAGGAAAUAGACACGAUCAAGUUGGUCUAUGACCUAUCCGACAAGAACAUAAUAAAGCCCUGGAUCGCGUCCACAACCGCACAGUUAAAACAUGCAACCGGCAAAGAUGGUGCAGACAUUGUUUUUAGCUCCGGCUUUUCUAAUGAUGAUGUGGCCCAUGAGGCCUGGAGGUGCAUUUUGCCGUUUGGUCGGUUUGUUGACUCUGGCCGUAAGAGCAUCGUCAAACGCACCACCAUGGACACUGCCCCCCUCCAUCGGGGCGCCAGCUAUCUUUCGUUUGACUUGUUAGACCUUUACCGCUACAAGCCUGCUAUUAUAUCUCAAAUCGCUGACCAGGUUAUUUCGCUUUUUCGCCAAGGAACGAUCUCUCCACCUCGGCCGGUAAUUGUCAAGAAUAUUACCGAGCUAGAUGAAGCUAUAUCCUCCUUUUCUGACACCAUCUCUUCUCCGAAGACAAUCAUCGUCUAUGAACCAUCCGACAAGACUUUGAAUGUCAUUGCACCACGUCUAAAACUAUCCUUCAAUGAGAAUGCGACUUACCUACUCGUUGGUUGUCUCGGGGGUCUUGGCCGCAGUCUUACCAGUUGGAUGAUGAAGCACGGUGCCCGUCGCUUCACUUUCUUGUCCCGUUCUGGUGCUGAUUCCUCGCAGGCCGCCCAUCUAGUUAAGGAUAUUGAGUCAGCCGGUGCAAUUGUUCAGGUUGUACGUGGCGAUGCUACUAUUCGUAAAGAUGUGGAUCGUGCUAUUGCUGGUGUUCCCGCCAGUAACCCUAUUCGGGGUGUCUUCCAGGCUGCUAUGGUCCUCCGGGAUGGCAUAUUCUCCAACAUGUCCUAUAAUGACUGGAAAACCUGCACGAGUCCAAAGGUCAAUGGAACGAGACACUUACAUGAAGCCCUAGCAGGGAAACAACUGGACUUUUUCGUUAUGACUAGUUCAGUAUCCGGUACACUCGGAACGCCCGGGCAAGCCAACUAUGCUGCGGCAAAUGCCUAUCUUGACGCUUUAGCGCACCAUCGCAGGAGUCUAGGCAGUGCUGCAACUGCCGCCGUCCUUCCAAUGGUUCUUGGUGUUGGUGUCGUCGCGGAGAAUUUCCAAAUCGAGGAGGCUCUCAAAAGUAAAGGCAUGUACGGUAUCGAGGAAGAGUCACUACUUGAAACCUUUGAAGCUUCAGUUGGGCUCGUGCCGUCCCCGCCAGAACAAACAAGCAGCGCAGACCAUGUUAUUGGGGGAUUAGAUCCUCUUAAAUUGCACAAGGCAGCUGCUGAAAGCGAGGCUACGGAUAUCUUUUGGAUGGACGACGCCCGAUUUUCUCCGCUCGUCAGGACUAUUAAUUCCGUUGGGGCAGGCAAUACGUCGGGUUCCGCCGAGAGCAUCAUAAACACCAUCAAGGCCUUGUCUAGCCCGGCUGAAGCUGAAGCAGCAAUUGGGGCUCAUUUUACUGAUAAGCUAUCUCGCAUGCUACUCAUAGAUCUAGACGAAUUCGAGCCAGACACCAGGUCAAUUGGAGAUUACGGGCUAGACAGUAUGAUCGGCUCGACACUGAGGAACUGGAUUUUCAAAGAAUACGAACUGGAUAUUCCCUUCCAGCAGCUUGUUGCGCCGAGUCUUACCAUCACGAAGUUUGCAAAACAAGUCUGUGCAAAGCAUGGUAUUGUGGAUAAUUGAUUCGUUCGAAGUAGUAGCCUGCGGCCUUAAGGUUAACUGUUGUGGACCAAAUAUAUAAGAUAUUAUGUUUUUCUUCUUCUUUUGUGUUGGAAUUUUCAUGUACCUUGCUAAAGAUAG